CAGGAGCUUCCUGUGGCUGACUCCGACCAGGAGAAACGGCUCCUGCAAAAUUCUGUCGAAAUAAAAUCACUCAGAACAGCUCUCAUCCUGCAGGGGCUUCAUUGUGCCGCAACACAUCUAGUCCGCUCAAAAAGAAGAAGAAGCGCGCUGCAACGUCAUAGUGACGACGUGACGCACGGCCGGAAAUGUAGUUUUUCGCAGAUGCGUCUCACCGUUGUGGCGGAGGUCAGGGGUCAUGUUUCUCCAACAUGAACGCGGUCCGUAAACGUCUCAAACUCAGCCCGGCCACACCUGCUGUCGCCGACGACCGCAGCGUCAGACCUGCACUCGUCUCCCAUGAUGCUUCGCUGCUGUCGCCUCCCGCUGCUCCCGCAUCAGGCGGAGCUGAGGAGGAGCACGAGGGCUACCUGCUGGUGGAGGAAGACACCACUGACUCAAGCCUGAUUAUCACCAUGGAGGACAGUCGGGUGGAGGUGAAGGCGGCAAAGAGGCGAGCAAUGAGGAACAGGAAGAGGAAACUGACAGGGGAGAAGGGGGACAGGGCCUCAGACAGCGAGGAGGAGGAGGAGGAGGUGGAGGUGGAGGUGGAGGAGGCAGAGGCAGAGGCAGGAGCAGAGGUGGAGAUUGAUAGACAGCUGGACCAAUCACUGGAGACAAAGUCCAGACAACACAACCUGACCACAGUGAAUGUCAGGAACAUCCUCCACGAAGUGAUCACCAAUGAACACGUAGUGGCCAUGAUGAAAGCUGCCAUCAACGAGACAGAGGCCGUCCCUCCAUUUGAGCCCAAAAUGACUCGAUCCAAGUUUAAAGAAGUCGUGGAGAGGGGAGUGGUGAUUCCGGCCUGGAACAUCUCUCCCAUCAAGAAGACCAGCGAAGUCAACAAGGUUCCUCAGUUUGUGGACAUUCCUCUGGCUGAAGAAGACUCCUCUGAUGAAGAAUACCGUCCCGAUGAAGACGAUGAGGAUGAGACUGCUGAAGAUACGUUCCUGGAGAGCGACAUGGAGAGCACGGCUUCGUCUCCCAGGGGGACUCGACUGAACAGGACAGAGGACGACAGCUGCAGCCCCUGGCAGACGUCUCGGAGCCGCUCCAGGCGCCUGAGGGCGGGGUCUGUUCCCAUGGGACCUCCCCCUCCCCCCAAAGCCCCGCCCCCCAAGGCAGUGCCUGACAGCACCUUUCUGGAGAAACUUCACGCCGUGGAGGAGGAGUUGGCUGUGUGUAUGAAGCCCUAUCAGCCUCUGUCUGAGUCCGAGGACGAGGUGGGUCUGAUGGCGUACCGGACUCGGUCCAAGCGCCCCCUGCGUGACGUCCCGCUGGGCCGGCUGGAGGCGGAGCUCCGAGCUCCUGACAUCACACCUGACAUGUACGACUCCAGCUCCACCCACGAGGACCGGGAGUGGACUGAUUGGCUGAGGGGCCUGAUGAGCUCAGAGAUGGAUAACGAAGAGGAGUGUGAUGACGAAGAUGACCCAGAAUAUAACUUCCUGGCCGACACUGAUGAACCUGACCUGGAAGAUUACCGUGACGACAAGGCUGUCCGCAUCACUAAGAAAGAGGUCAACGAACUGAUGGAGGAGCUGUUUGAAACUCUGAAAGAGGACCUUGCAGGACAGGAAGUGGAGGAUGAAGGCCAUGAGGAAGAGGAGGAGCCUCAGGAGGAGACCGUCACAGUUCAAACACACACACCUGAGGAGCAGCACAACACUGGACCAGGCGAUGGGGAGGUGGAGGAAGGACCAAUCACUGAGCUGCGUACGGUGAAGCAGCAGCUGGCGUUUAUCAGGAAGAAACAGCAGCUCGGUCUGCAGACACACACACUCAGUACGACAGACACACACCGUCCAGAACCACACACACUGAAACUGGACGGCCGACAGAGGACCAGACUGCAGCAGCAGCUACAACAGCACGUCCAGCUGUUGACUCAGAUUCACGUGUUGAGUUCACCUGUGGCCAAACUUCACAGUGAGGCUGAGACCACCAGACAGUUCCUGUUUGAACUGGAUUUGCUGGCUCAGAGGGGCGAGCUGCUGAUGUCUUCAGGUUGUCAUGGUUUCUGCAGCAUCUUCAGAGCCUCCAACCUGCAGGGGGCGCUGCAGCUGCUGGAGGAGCUGCAAAAGAGUCCCAUCAGCUAUAAACCACAGCACCACCCACCUGACGCCAGAGGACACAUGCGUUGUUACCCUGUCAUGCCAGCUGAACUGGCCUGGCUCUUUGCCACUCGUCCCGUCUUCCUCUACCCGGAGCUGCUGCCAUGUGUCAGCCUCGAUCCGGCUUUAUACUGCCCCCGCAGGACAGCUGCCUUCACUGCAGCAGAAGACUGCCUCCUGGUUCUUGGUCUGAGGAACAUGGAGGGCUCAGUUGACCCCACUAAGCUUGUGUCUCAGUUCCUGCUGAGGAAGACCCUGGUCCAGGUCCGACGAAGAAUCCUGCAGUGCUGCAGACCUGGUUUCCCCGACAACAUCGUCAAGGCCUACAGGUAUCAGCGGGUGCUGUGGCCGAUGCUGGUGGCCUGCCGUCAUGUUGACCCUGCAGAGCAGCGCCCCCCAGUGGAGAGGGAGGAGCGUGUUAUGCCUCUGUGGCUGGCGAGGAGUCUUCCUGUCAUCUACCCCCUUAUCAAACGUUAUAACAGCCCGUCUGGCUCCGCCACAGAGGCCCCGCCCCCGUGCAGGUCGACUGGAGCCCGUCAGAGUCACCUGACCUUCCUCCGCUCUGCCUCUGACUCCUACAGCUUCCCCCUUGAGACCAGAUAUCCCCCCCACAUCCCCAAGAACCUGGACUUCAGACGCAUCGGCUUUGUCUUGCUGCAGCAGCCGCUCCCCCCUCCUCACCCUGACUCCUCCCCCCUACCUGGUGGACAAGUGGAUUCCUCCCCUCUGCCUCCUAUACCCAAGUCCCCUCAAGCUCACAGUAAUCCUCGAGUGCUCCUCCACUGCCUCCUGCUGUCCAGGACCGACACCACUGCUGACAUGCGCACCGCCUCUUCUGUCUCCAUAACGACCAGAGAGCAAAUCAGACGGCACUAUCAUACCCUCACUAGCCUGAGAAAGAGGAAGAGGAGGAGGAGUGAUAGAGAGCCUGUAACUCCUCCUCCUCCCAAAGGCCCCGUCUCCUCUCAGGUGGAGGUCCAGGAGAGAGAUGAUGUCAUCAUAAUGAGUGAGGAGGAAGAAGAGGAGGAGGAGAGCGAGGUCCUUCUAGCUCUGUCUGAAUCCUCACCCAGCUCAACAGGAAGUGUCGCCCUCGGCAACAAUCCGGCUGAGUCAGAGGUGGCGGAGUCAGAGAAUGAACAGGAAGUGAGGGCAUCCAGAGCAGCAGAUGAUGGUGAUGAUGAUGAUGAUGAUAAACCUGUCAUCCAGCUGCAGGCGAAAAAGGUGUUGUCAGAGGGCAGUGAGGAGGAGGAGGAUGAAGAUGAUCAGAGGAAAUCCGAGGAUGAGCUGUUUGCUCAGGAUUAUCUGCUCAGAGUGUGUGAUGCGGUGCAGGUGUGUCCAGGCCUCUCAGAGCAGCUGCUGUGUGUGUUGGAUGAGUUCUCAGCGGCGUGGCCCCCGGGGGCCCCGGAGGUUCUGUAUGGCAGUCUGAGUUGUGUGCUGCGGCCUUGGCCUCAGCUGCUCAGAGACUUUGCUGCCUUCCUGACUCGAGGACAGGCCCGCCGCUGUGGGCUGCUGUUGGAGCAGCAGCUGUUUGAACGCAGUCGGCGGUUUCUGCGGCGACUGAGGUGGAAUCUGGGAGAAGGCUCCACCCUCUACCACCAGGUGGUAUCAGUGCUGCAGGGAAGCUCCGCCCCCUCACCUGAGGACAUGGACAAGAUCUCGUCUCUCCUUAAACGCCAUUCGGACCUGCAUGAGGAAUUCUGGGAGUUUUUCCAGCAGCUUCGCGCCCAGUCGUCACCCGUAGCAGCCAGUUCUGAGAUCGCAGAGACGGACUGCGUGUCCCAGAAUCCCCCCGACAGAAACAGGAAGAGAGUCGCUCGUCAGACAUCUGAGGAGAGCGAGCCAGGAAGUGACAGAGAGGAAGAGGAGGAGUCAGGGCGACCCGUCCGUGCCAAAAACAUCUCGAUGACGUCGAGUGGAGAGAAAGUGGUGGUCUGGACCCGUGAGGCAGACCGUGCCAUCCUGACUGCCUGUCAGCAGAGAGGAGCCAAUAGGAAAACAUUCAGGCAUGUCUCUGCCCAGCUGGGAAACAAGACCGCCCAACAGGUGAGCCUUCGUUUCCACGACCUGAUGAAUCUUUUCCAUUCUGCCUUCCAAAAGUCCACAUCCUGCUCCUCAGAGGGCCAGCCGCUCAACACGUAGUAAGCAGCUUUGGACUGAAGGUGGGGUCAGUCGGGGAUGGGUCUGCGUUCACAAAGCAGACUUCAGAGCAGAGACUCUGAUCCGAACGAGUUUAACACUCUGGGGAUUCAGAUGUUUGUGCCUGAAUCUUACCAACUUGACUAAUUCCAGUACACAAAGUCUUGAAGACGUUUAUCUACAAAUGUCUGAAAGACUCUAGAACUGUCUGGAAGUGUUCUGUGUGUUCAGGGAUGUCGUUUGGACUCCAGAGUCCAGUGGCAAAAGUGCCUCAAACCUCCUUGAAGGAUUCAGGAAUUGUCUUAAUGUUUCUGACACGUUGUGGAGUUGAUCCAGAGUGAUUCCCCAGUGUUUUCACGUGGCUCUGGUGUUCAUGGCAGCUGUUCUACACUCCUGACCGUCGUGAAAAUAGUUCAGUUCAAUAAAGUUUUCAAGAGAGGUCAGAAGUUCAAAACAAACUAGUGAAUGACAGAUUGUUAAGGUAAUGUGAAUAACUCUGAACUGCUCUGGCUUCAUUCACGAUGUUCUGCGGUUUCCACCCGUUUCCCUCCGGAAGUCAUCUCCAACGGGUUCUCCAGGCGAUUCAGGUUUGAUUUUCUGGAGAACCUCCUUCAUAAUGAGUUGCACUGUUCAUGAACAUCUGUUCUCAGCUCAGUCUGAGUCAAUCUGAACAUCUCGAGUCCUUUGGGAAUUGGCUUCAUAUGUCUGAGGUUAUUUGCUGCAGGACUUCUGCAGAAUCUGAUUGUUUCACAGUUUUUGUUCAGAACCUGCAGUUCGUACAGGACAACAUCUGGAUCUGAAUCAGGACUGGAAUCAGGACUGGAAUGUCCUUCACUCAGUGUUUGUGACCAGUCAGGGUGCUUUCACUCGUCUUUAUUUAUAUUUAAUGAUUAUUUAUUUUUGAUCAAUCUCCUCUGAUGUCACCGAGACUCCGCACACUGUGGACAGGGGGCGGGGCCUCGUUGAGCCACUGUGAUGUCAGAAACAACAUGAGAUCCUCCCAAUGAAGACGGAAACAAGGCGAUAAAGUGAUGACGUGUCAAAAGUUAGACAAAAGUUUGGUUGAGCUGAAGUUUACUGCAGUAAGGUCCAGUACUACACAGUUGCUGCAGGUCUUUUUGUUUUUUCCUUGCUUCCUUGCUUCCUUCCUUCCCUGCUGGCUUCCUGUUUGUCAAUAAAACUAGUGGGUGAAAACAAGUUGAUGUUCUCACGAGGAUUUUAAACAACAGAUUCAUGAUUUCACAAUUCAAAACUUUAAUGUCAGACUCUGUGCAUAAACUUUCAAAUGCUUUGAAUGUUGACGUCUUCAUCAUUUUUCUUUCUGCAGAAAGGUUUCUGAACGUUUCUCAGAGCUUUAGUCUUCCCGUCAUGCACACAGGUUAAACACCUGAUGGUUCCCACGUACUUAAGGUAGCUACAAGGUCCUGUGAAGGUUUUAUUGAAAUGUUUAUUCAUAUUGAAUAUGAAUGAAUGAAGGUCAACUGCUCCAAUAAAAUAUUUUUACAUUU